AUGUGCACAGUUCCGUUUCUUAACCAGGACACCGUAGAUUUCAAGCAUUUGGUCUCUAUGAAGAAACCAUCUGAAACAGCUCUAAUUAAAGUGUUAAGAGAGGGAAAAGAGUGUGAGUUCAACGUCGGUCUAAAACCUGUGAAACCGCUAGUUCCAUUGCAUAAUUUUGACAAGAUGCGAAGUUACUAUAUAUACGGAGGGUUUCUUUUUGUACCUCUAUCCCAACCAUACAUUGAUGGCUCUUAUAUGUGCGAGUGUUCUUCCAAAAAGAUGCCCAAGAAAGCCAGUGAACAGAUAGUAAUCAUUUCUCAGAUCUUAGAGGAUGACAUCAACGCAGGAUACGCCAGUUUUGAAGAUUUGCAGGUGAAGAAAGUGAAUGGAAUCGAAGUGGAUAAUCUGAAGCAUCUAAGUCAAGUCAUAGAGGAGUGUAGCACCGGGUAUUUGAGGCUGGAUUUGGAAAACGAAAAGGUUCUCAUCCUCAAUAAUAAGUUGGCAAGAAAAGCAAAUUCUACGAUCUUGAAAGAACUCAAAAUACCGUCGGCCAUGUCCGAUGACCUUCAACCUAGGCAGGUUAACAGAAGCCGCUUAGUUAGUCCUCGGCAUAGCAAGAAAAAUAAUUAGU